CAAGAAAAAAAAUGUAAUGCCAGAUCAGAUUCCACUAAAAGUACUCAAUCAUUAAGUACUAACAUUGAAAUAAAUAAAGGCAGUAGUGAAAAUAUUAAGGAUAAGCUUCUUUAUGAUAUUUAUGAUCUUAAAGAGUUGGUAGCAAAUAAAUUUCAGAAUUGCGAAGAAGAGGAUCGUUAUGCUGAAUUUUCAGUGAUGGUAGAGCUCAAGAGAGAACCUGGAGAAGAAGAAAUGGCAUUGCUUGAGGUUAAUCAACACGAUAAAGAAAAUAAAAAAUUUUGUGCUAUAAUUAGCACUUUACUUGAACCUCUUUGGAAAGAAAUAGCAAAGUACUUGGCAAUCUUCGAUACAUGGCAAAUUAGCAUUCUGGCUCCAUUAAUUUAUUAG